AUGGCUGUGAUGGCUGAUGGCUGAAUUUUAAUAUUGAAAAACCAAGCCAUGAUCCAACUACCUGCUUCACGUGCUCCUCUCUCUCUUUCUAUAUAAACACUUUUCUGACCCUCUUCCUUUGGGCCGCAUUUCUCAAUUCCGAUUCGAUUCCUCUCGCCGGGCUCGUCGGACUUCACUACCACACAGUGGACACAAGGGCUCUUUAGGCUACACAAUGGCUUCUGGACAACUUUUCUCCCCGACUACUCAAGCAUUAUUCUACAACUACAAACAACUUCCCAUCCAGCGGAUGCUUGAUUUUGACUUCCUUUGCGGGAGAGAAACUCCAUCAGUUGCUGGAAUUAUCAACCCUGGUUCUGAGGGAUUCCAGAAGCUCUUUUUCGGUCAGGAGGAAAUUGCCAUCCCUGUACAUUCUACGAUUGAAGCUGCUUGUGCAGCGCAUCCUACUGCUGAUGUUUUUAUAAACUUUGCAUCAUUCAGAAGUGCUGCUGCUUCAUCUAUGGGAGCUCUCAAACAGCCAACCAUUAGAGUUGUGGCUAUAAUAGCUGAAGGUGUUCCCGAAUCAGACACCAAGCAGUUGAUUGGUUAUGCAAGGGCAAACAAUAAGGUUGUCAUUGGCCCAGCUACCGUUGGAGGCGUUCAAGCUGGGGCCUUCAAGAUUGGUGACACUGCUGGAACAAUUGACAAUAUCAUUCAAUGCAAGCUUUACAGGCCUGGAUCUGUUGGUUUCGUCUCCAAAUCCGGUGGUAUGUCUAAUGAAAUGUACAAUACAAUUGCCCGUGUAACAGAUGGAAUUUAUGAAGGUAUUGCAAUUGGAGGAGAUGUGUUCCCAGGCUCUACAUUGUCUGAUCAUGUUUUGCGGUUUAACAACAUCCCACAUGUCAAAAUGAUGGUUGUACUCGGGGAACUUGGUGGGCGCGAUGAGUAUUCCCUUGUGGAGGCCCUGAAGCAGGGGAAAAUCAACAAGCCUGUUGUUGCUUGGGUCAGUGGAACUUGUGCACGCCUAUUUAAGUCAGAAGUGCAAUUUGGUCAUGCGGGAGCUAAGAGUGGUGGUGAAUUGGAGUCUGCACAAGCAAAGAAUCAAGCACUUCAGGAAGCUGGAGCUAUUGUUCCGACUUCAUAUGAAGCAUUUGAAGCUGCAAUUAAAGAGACAUUUGAGAACCUGGUUGAAGCAGGAAAGAUUUCUCCAGUAAAGGAAGUUAAGCCUCCACAGAUCCCUGAAGAUCUUAGCACGGCCAUUAAAAGUGGCAAAGUCCGAGCUCCAACUCAUAUUAUUUCCACCAUAUCUGAUGACAGAGGUGAAGAGCCAUGCUAUGCUGGUGUCCCAAUGUCUUCCAUUGUUGAACAGGGCUACGGUGUGGGUGAUGUCAUCUCCCUGUUGUGGUUCAAACGCAGCCUUCCCCGUUACUGUACAAAGUUUAUUGAGAUUUGCAUCAUGUUAUGUGCUGACCACGGUCCUUGUGUCUCUGGUGCCCACAACACCAUAGUAACCGCGAGGGCUGGAAAAGAUCUGGUAUCCAGUCUUGUUUCAGGUUUGCUAACAAUAGGUCCCCGAUUUGGUGGUGCUAUUGAUGAUGCUGCCCGAUACUUCAAGGAUGCUUAUGAUAAGGGUCUUACACCUUACGAGUUUGUGGAGAGCAUGAAAAAGAAGGGCAUUCGUGUGCCAGGAAUUGGGCACAGGAUCAAGAGAGGUGACAACAGAGACAAGAGAGUAGAGCUGCUACAACUGUUUGCACGCACCAAUUUCCCCUCUGUGAAGUAUAUGGAAUAUGCUGUUCAAGUUGAAGACUACACCCUCUCCAAGUCAAACAACCUGGUCCUUAACGUAGAUGGUGCAAUCGGCUCCCUCUUCUUGGAUCUCCUAGCCGGCAGUGGCAUGUUCACCAAGCAAGAAAUCGAUGAGAUUGUGGGGAUUGGUUACCUGAACGGCCUCUUUGUGUUGGCUCGAUCCAUUGGUUUGAUCGGGCACACCUUCGAUCAGAAGAGAUUGAAGCAGCCGCUAUACCGCCACCCAUGGGAGGAUGUUCUGUACACCAAGUGAGGAGUUUCCGUUUCUGUUUCCGGCUGGCAGAAUGGUGCUUGUUCUAUCAAGUUUAACUUUCCAUUUUGACGUGGUGAUUGUUGAGUAGUUAAAGUUGGUGGUGGUUGAACACGGUUUAAUUUGUUAGUUGCUGCGGUUAAAAUGUUGUAUGGGGGGACAACUCUCCAUUUAUCAUCAUCAUCAUCGUUAUUAUUAUUUAAAACAAGUAGCUGUAAGAAGUGGUCACCAUGAGAAAAAUGUCCUUUUGUUUUUGCUGUUAUGGAGAAAUAACAUAUACCAUUAAUUGUUUUAA